AUGACACUCACCUCCCUAAACGAGCUCGCAAAUCCGAGGAAGGCCAGCGUAUGUGUCACAGGCACGGGCGCCAGGACGGAAGACAACGCAUCCGAUCAACUUCUCGAGCUCUGCGGCCGAUGUAUGUUUGUCAUGGCUACGCUGGCACCGGCAACAAUACAUGGGGCCACGGCUAGGCAAUCCACGCCGGAAAAAAUAGAAACCGCGCCUUUGCAGGCUUGGAAAUGGGAGGAGUUAAGAAGAUGA